AUGCAUCCCCCCCCCUCCGCAUCCUACUCAUUUCACCCCCUCCUCAUCCCAAUCAUUUCAACCCCUCCUCAUCCUACUCAUUUCACCCCACCUCUCCUUCGACUCUCACCUGGCUUCACCUCUUCCGAAUCGCACUCAACCUCACCUCUUUCGAGUCGCAGUCGACUUCACCUCUUUCGACUCUCACCCUUCCCGCCGCAGUCCUCAGCCCUCCUGCCCUUCUCUACCCGUCCUUCCGCUCCUGCACCUCCCCUCCCCACCUCAAUCCCUCCCCACCUCAAUCCCUCCCCACCUCUCCUGCGCUCGACAUCCCCGCCUGAAUCCCUCCCCACCUCUCCUGCGCCGCCUCCUGCUCUUGCGCUCGGCCCCCGCGUCCUCCCCACCUCCUCUCCCCACCUCCCCUCCGCUCCUGCGCUCGGGGGCUCGCAUCCUGCUCGAUCGCACCCGCUGUACGCGACUCCUGCCUCGCAGUACGCGGCUCACGCGAGGUCGGCGAGCAGUACGCGGCCCAGCGCGAGUCCUGCUCGCAGUACGCGGCUCACGCUCGUCCUGCUCUGA